CCGGAGAUUUCGUCCUCCGCAAGGAAGUCACCGUCCGAAUGACCCCAUCCGUCGCCGUCGAGUCAACAAAAAACAUUAGCCAAGCCGCGCAAUGGGGUGUUGAGAUGAUCAGGGCACCAGCGGCCUGGGCUCGUACUCAAGGAGAGGGCGUCGUCGUUUGCAUCAUCGACACCGGAGUUAAUCUUGGACACGUUGCUCUCGCUGACGCGUACGGUGGUGCCUGGAGCGACCCGUACUACAACACGGCCGGACCAACUGACCAACAGGGACACGGAUCUCACUGCACGGGAACCAUUCUUGGACGUGCCAAUGGUGUUGGUGUCGCCCCAGCUGCCCAAUGGGUCGCCUGCCGUGGACUUAACCACCAAGGAUCCGGAACUGAAGCUAACCUCAUCAAUUGUGCCCAAUGGGUCUUGACCGCCAACCCCCGACCAAACAUUGUCUCCAACUCUUGGGGCGGUGGUGGUAACGAUCCAUGGUACAACCAGGUUGUCUCUGCCUGGCGAUCGGCUGGAAUCAUCCCAGUUUUCGCUAUCGGAAACUCAGGAUCACAAUGCAGGACGGUCAUCUCUCCUGGAGAUCAGCCCAACCUUAUCUCCGUUGGUGCCACCACUGACACCGACGCCAUGGCGACCUUCUCCUCCCGAGGACCCAACGCAGCUGGAGCACUCAAACCAGAAGUCUCCGCACCAGGAAACAACAUCGUGUCUUGCGGAACUGGAGCCAACAACUACGUCACCAUGUCCGGAACUUCAAUGGCCACCCCCCACACCGCUGGAGCCAUCGCUCUUCUCAUGUCUGCCAACCCAAGCUGGGGAUAUGACCAGAUCUUCAAUGCCCUCACCACCACCCCAGCCCACCCAACCUUGUCCAAUGCUGACAGGAAUUGCGGACUUCCCGGACCUGGAGAUUUCCCCAACCACGCUUUCGGUCACGGACGUAUCGAUGUUGCUGCUGCUCUUGGACUUUAAAUUGAGUGAUCACAACUUGUUUUAGUUAGACCAAAUUAUUUUAAAAUUGGAAUAUUAUGCAAUAAAUAAAAUUUAUUUUCAAACGUA